UUGGGUUGAUUGAGAUGCGACUGCACGUUGAUCGGUUCGAUUUAUACGUCCUUCUUCGAUUGAUUUUCAACUGUGAAUUGCAAACAUGUUAGGCGUGAAUGUUGUUUCAGAUUCUCAGGAAUCUGCAUUAAUGGAUGACGAAACCUAUAAGGAUAUAGAGAAGACUUUCGGUGGUACAUUGCCAUUGCCAGAAGACAUGAACGAAUUUGAGAUUCUAGAAGACAACAAAUAUCCCAUAUUCACUCAGUCCACAGAUAUCUCUCCGGAAAAGAAGUUAAAAAGUCAAACAGAGGAAGAAAUUUAUUAUCCAUAUCUGUACACCAAUUAUUUAUGCACAUUAAAUUUUCAAUAUACCUUGGCAGAGAAUGGUGGACAGGAUUGGGUGUACUCUCAGAUAUUGAAAAAAGCGUAUGUAAAAAUGGAAAAGACACUGCCUUUACGAUUUACAUGGGAACCAACUACUUCCGGUUUAUUCUUGCGUACAAAAUUAGUUUUCGUGUAUGAGCAACAUAAAAACGAUCCAGUAAGACGAUGCCCCAAUCAUAUAGCAUCGACCAGUUAUAACAAUGAAUUAGUGGAUCCAGAAAGAAAACAUGUAGUCUACUGCGUUAAUCACGCCGCGAGUACCUACGAAGAGGAAAAUGAACAUCUUUCCAUCUUAACACCGCUUCGUACACCCGAGCCUGGCUCGCAAUAUGUAGCCAUGUGUUUCAAGUUUUUUUGCAAAAAUAGUUGUCCAUCUGGUAUGAAUCGUAGGGAGACUGAGUUAGAAUUCACGUUAGAAGAUAAAAGAAAGAAAAUUUUAGCUCGGCAAACAUUAGGAAUUAGAAUAUGUAGCUGUCCCAAACGCGACAAAAUAAAAGGCGAGAAUGAUUUGGAACGAUCAAUAUCUGUCAAAAGAGAAAUUGCUUUAACAUCUGGUAAAAAGAUACCGUCUUAUGACACGCAUGUUUAUAAAGUCGAAUUAGAUAUCGUUGGUAAAGAAAAUUAUUUAUCAGUUUAUAAACAUGCAUAUGAUAUUAUGGCCGGUCAAGCAGCGAGAACUGGCCAGCAUGAAUGUUUUAAGCCAUAUAUGGAUGAAAUAUCACGCAAAGUGCCUUUAAAUCAUUAA